AUGGAUGGCAGAUGGCAGCCUUCACGCUGGGCCUGGUCCCUACUGGCUCUAGCACUUGUGGCUGGGGGUGCAUCGUCCACAGGGGCCAUGGACAACAGCCCAACAUCCAACAGCCUGGAGGCGGGCACCGAUGCCACUGCCUACUGGUGGGGAGAGUGGACCAAGUGGACGGCGUGUUCCCGCAGCUGUGGGGCUGGGGUGACGUCCCAGGAGCGGCACUGCCUGCAGCAGAGGAGGACGUCUGUCAUGGGCGCUGGGAACCGGACCUGCACGGGUACGUCCAGGAGGUACCAGCUCUGCCGAGUGCAGGAGUGUCCGCCGGACGGGAGGAGCUUCCGCGAGGAGCAGUGCAUCUCCUUCAACUCCCGUGUGUACAACGGGCGGACGCACCAGUGGAAGCCGCUCUAUCCCGAUGACUACGUGCACAUCUCCAGCAAGCCGUGCGACCUGCACUGCACCACCGUGGACGGCCAGCGGCAGCUCAUGGUCCCCGCCCGCGACGGCACGUCCUGCAAGCUGGCCGACCUGCGAGGGGUCUGCGUGUCUGGAAAAUGUGAGCCCAUCGGCUGUGACGGCGUGCUCUUCUCUACCCACACGCCGGACAAGUGCGGCGUCUGCCAGGGGGACGGAAGCAGCUGCACCCACGUGACAGGCAACUACCGCAAGGGCAACGCCCACCUGGGUUACUCUCUGGUGACCCACAUCCCGGCCGGCGCCCGAGACAUCCAGAUUGUAGAACGGAAGAAGUCUGCGGACGUCCUAGCCCUUGCAGAUGAAGCCGGCUACUACUUCUUCAACGGCAACUUCAAGGUGGACAGCCCCAAGAACUUCAACAUCGCCGGCACCGUGGUCAAGUACCGGCGGCCCAUGGACGUGUACGAGACGGGAAUCGAGUACAUCGUGGCGCAGGGGCCCACCAACCAGGGCCUGAACGUCAUGGUGUGGAACCAGAACGGCAAAAGCCCCUCCAUCACCUUUGAGUACACGCUGCUGGAGCCGCCGCAUGCCCACCGCAUCCAGCCCAUCUACUACAGCUUCUCGGAGCCCACCUCAGACAGCACGGAGAGCCAGGAGCUGGACGGGGCUGGGCUGGUGGGCUUCCUUCAGCACAACGGCUCCCUCUACGGCCAGGCCUCCUCGGAGCAGCUGGGCCUGGACAACCGACUGUUCGGCCACCGGGGCCCGGGGAUCGAGCUGGGUCUGAGCAAAGGCCAGGAGACCAACGAGGUGUGCGCGCAGGCCAGCGGCAGGGCCUGCGAGGGGCCCCCCAGGGGCAAGGGCUUCCGAGACGGCAACGCCACCGGGACGGCUCUCGCGGGAGACCAGGAUGACCAAGAGGCCGACGCCCAUUUUACCUCCCAGGAGCUCCUCUCAGCCAACGCCAUCUCCGACCAGCUCCUGGACACGGGCUCCGACUCCAAGGAGGUCCCCCUCAAUGAGACCAGCAACAGCAUCUUUGCACAGGGCGCCCCGAGGGGCUCCCCGGCCGACAGCCUCUACGUCGAGUACGAGGAGAACGAGGGAGCUGGUGCUUACCUGCUCAACGGGUCCUACCUGGAGCUCAGCACUGACAGAGUGGCCAACACCUCCUCCGAGGCCCCAUUCCCCAACGCCAGUGCCAGCCUCCCCGCCUUGGCUGGGAACAGGACGCAGAAGGCCAGGACCAGGCCCAAGACGCGCAAGCAAGGCGUGAGUCCCGCGGACAUGUACCGGUGGAAGCUCUCGUCCCACGAGCCCUGCAGCUCCACCUGCACCACAGGGGUCAUGUCGACGUACGCCAUGUGCGUCCGCUAUGAUGGCAUCGAGGUGGACGACAGCUACUGCGACGCCCUGACCCGGCCUGAGCCCGUCCAGGAGUUCUGUGCAGGGAGGGAGUGCCAGCCCAGGUGGGAGACUAGCAGCUGGAGCGAGUGCUCGCGCACCUGCGGCGAGGGCUACCAGUUCCGCAUCGUGCGCUGCUGGAAGAUGCUCUCGCCCGGCUUCGACAGCUCCGUGUACAGUGACCUGUGCGAGGCGGCCGAAGCCGUGCGGCCCGAGGAGCGCAAGACGUGCCGGAACCCGGCCUGCGGGCCGCAGUGGGAGAUGUCUGAGUGGUCAGAGUGCACGGCCAAGUGUGGGGAACGCAGCGUGGUGACCAGGGACAUCCGCUGCUCGGAGGAUGAGACACUGUGUGACCCCAACACCAGGCCUGUGGGGGAGAAGGACUGCACGGGGCCCCCUUGCGACCGCCAGUGGACAGUCUCCGACUGGGGGCCGUGCAGUGGAAGCUGCGGGCAGGGCCGCAUGAUCAGACACGUGUACUGCAAGACCAGCGACGGACGGGUGGUGCCCGAGUCUCAGUGCCAGAUGGAGACCAAGCCUCUGGCCAUCCACCCCUGCGGGGACAAGAACUGCCCCGCCCACUGGCUGGCCCAGGACUGGGAGCGGUGCAACACCACCUGUGGCCGAGGUGUGAAAAAGAGGCUGGUACUGUGCAUGGAGCUGGCCAACGGGAAGCCGCAGACGCGCAAUGGCCCCGAGUGUGGCCUGGCCAAGAAGCCCCCAGAGGAGAGCACAUGCUUCGAGAGGCCCUGCUUCAAGUGGUACACCAGCCCCUGGUCUGAGUGCACCAAGACCUGCGGGGUGGGAGUGCGGAUGCGAGACGUGAAGUGCUACCAAGGGACCGACAUUGUCCGAGGCUGCGACCCGCUGGUGAAGCCCGUCGGUAGACAGGCCUGUGACCUGCAGCCUUGCCCCACGGAGCCCCCAGACGACAGCUGCCAGGACCAGCCGGGCACCAACUGCGCCCUGGCCAUCAAGGUGAACCUCUGCGGCCACUGGUACUACAGCAAGGCGUGUUGUCGCUCCUGCCGGCCCCCCCACUCCUAG